GUCACCCCGGCGUCCCCAUGGCCCCCACGGUGCCGCUGCCUGCCCUGGCGCUGGUGGCCCUGGUGGCCCUGGUGGCCCCGGGGCUCGGGGUGGCCCCCGGCUGUGACCGCCCUGCCCACCUCUGGUGCAGCUCGCCGGAGAUCGCCGUCGCCUGCCAGGUGGAGAACCGCUGCCCCAACCUCCCUCGCCCCGCGGCUGCCCCGGUGGAGCUGAGCCUGUACUAUGAGAGCCUGUGCCCAGCGUGCCGUGAGUUCCUGGUCCUGAAGCUCUUCCCCACCUGGCUGCUGCUGCCCUCGGAGAUGCUGAACAUCACCCUGGUGCCCUAUGGCAAUGCCCAGGAGAGGAACGUCAGCGGGAAGUGGGACUUCCAGUGCCAGCACGGCCCCGAGGAGUGUUUGGGCAACAUGAUCGAGGCCUGCCUGAUGCACGAGGCCAAGAACUUCAGCACCUACUUCCCCAUCAUCUUCUGCCUGGAGUCGGGCAGCUCCGUCACCAAGAACCUGGAGGCUUGCCUGCAGAUCUAUGCCCCAGACCUGGACAGGGGCCAUAUCGCCGACUGCAUGCAGGGGGACACAGGGUUGGCCCUGAUGCACCAAAACGCCCAACUGACUGAGGCACUUGACCCCCCCCACCAGUUUGUGCCCUGGAUCGUCAUCAACGGGAAGCACACGGAUGAGCUGCAGGCACAGGCAGAGGCCUCGCUGCUGGGGCUGGUUUGCCAUCUCUACCAGGGGGAGAAGCCUGAAGUCUGUGUGAGCUCAAAGGCCCUGAAGAUCCCGUUGGGCUGCAGGCGCUGAGGGACGUUGUGGGAGCACCAAGGGAGAGGCCAAUAAAAAGGAUAUUUUUUUGAAAAAAA